GCGCGCUGAUCCUCAGUCGGUGUGUGAGGGAACAGUACACACACACUUUCUCGCUCUUUCGCUCUAGUAUACUCUCUCUCUCCUCCUCCUCUCUUUCUCUCUUUAUUUCUCUCUCUCUCUAUCACUCUCUCUCUCUCUCUCUCCUUUUCUCUUGCGCUUGCACGGAGUGAGAGCGGCAUCGGGAAGGGAAGAAUGAGGAAGAAGUCGGCUGUGUUGCGCGCCUCGUCCCAACAAAUGCGGGUUUGCUGAUGAAGCUCCGCUCCGGUUAUCCGAUCAUACAGGUCUUACACGUCCCGCUGCAUGGAAACGAAGAGUAGGCAACAACUGAAAACAACAGCAACAAAUAAAAAGCUGUCAGUGCAUGGGAAUCCGGACACCUCUCCCUCUCUUUUGUGCGUCUCGCUGUGUGGAUACGCUGCCUUGGCUGGCGUAUAAGAGCUCCCUGCGUCUCCAUUACCAUUCCCCACUACUGGCUUACCUCUACUUCUCCUCCUCCUCCUGGUUCUGCUGCUAGUAGAGCUUUAGUCCGUUUUUACUACUGACUGCCUUCUCCGGAUUGUGGACACUUUCUGGAUAAACAGGACUGACUGAGAGGCAGAUCCAGGCUAAAAGAGCUCGACAUCACUGCAAUGAUGGUUUGAUAUCCUCAUAAAUCGUCACCUAACGGUGCUGGUUCGGACGUCAUCAUGGGUCGCUGGGAUCACUCAUCCCUCCUGUCCCCUGCCCUGAGGGUAGCAGUCUUCACGGUGAUCAUCCUCCUAAAGCUCGAUCCCUCUUUGGCCGGCACUCUGCCUGAGCAGAGUUUCGAUGGCUCAGUUUUAGCGGUGUCCACCAACAAAACGGAAUGCAGCAUGGCUGAGCCAUGCGCAAAAGGGGUGGUCCUUCCUAUUUGGGAGCCUCAGAACCCGUCAUUUGGUGACAAAGUGGCCCGGGCAACAGUUUAUUUUGUGGCUUUAGUCUACAUGUUCCUUGGCGUGUCGAUCAUUGCAGACCGUUUCAUGGCAUCGAUAGAGGUCAUCACGUCUCAAGAAAAGGAGAUCACUAUAAAGAAGCCCAAUGGAGAAACCACCACCACCACCGUUCGGAUCUGGAACGAGACCGUCUCCAAUCUCACCCUCAUGGCUCUGGGCUCGUCGGCUCCUGAGAUCCUGCUGUCCGUCAUAGAGGUCAUAGGUCACGGGUUUGAAGCUGGCACACUGGGCCCCGCCACCAUUGUGGGUUCUGCGGCAUUCAACAUGUUCGUCAUCAUCGGGCUUUGUGUGUACGUUGUUCCCGACGGCGAGACGAGGAAGGUCAAGCACCUCCGCGUGUUCUUCGUCACGGCCACCUGGAGUAUCUUCGCCUACAUCUGGCUCUACCUGAUCCUGUCUGUGAUCUCUCCUGGCGUGGUGCAGGUGUGGGAGGGGCUGCUCACCUUCUUCUUCUUCCCCAUAUGUGUGCUGUUCGCCUGGGUAGCCGACCGCCGCCUGCUGUUCUACAAGUACGUGUACAAGCGCUACCGCACUGGAAAGCAGCGUGGCAUGAUCAUCGAGACCGAGGGAGACCGCCCACUUCCUUCUAAGGUGGACAUUGAGAUGGAUGGGAAGAUGCUGAACUCUCAUGGUGUUGACUUCCUGGAUGGACCAUUGGGUUUGGAUAUAGAUGAGAAAGAUCUGGAUGAAGACGAGACCCGCAGAGACAUGGCCAAGAUCCUGAAAGAGCUCAAACAGAAACACCCUGACAAGGAGGUGGAACAACUCAUUGAGCUUGCCAACUACCAAGUCCUGAGCCAGCAGCAGAAGAGCCGCGCUUUCUACCGAUGCCAGGCCACCCGGCUGAUGACAGGCGCCGGAAACAUCCUGAAGAAACACGCCGCUGAUCAGGCCCGAAAAGCCGUCAGUAUGCACGAGGUUCGCUCUGAUAUCGGUGAUAACGACCCCAUCUCCAAGCUCUUCUUUGACCCCAGUUCUUACCAGUGCCUUGAGAACUGUGGCACAGUGGCGGUGACCGUGGUGCGCCGCGGUGGCGAUUUGGGCAAAACGAUUUCAGUGGACUACCGUACAGAAGACGGCACGGCCAACGCUGGCUCGGACUACGAGUUCACCGAGGGCAUGGUGGUCUUCAAGGCUGGUGAGACGAUGAAGGAGAUCCGUGUGGGGAUCAUCGACGACGACAUCUUUGAAGAGGAUGAGAACUUCCUGAUCCACCUAACCAAUGUCAGGAUGUUGACAUCAGAGGGCGAGGAGCCAGAGGAAGGCGAGUCGGCAAAUCACGUGGAAACAAUGGCGUGUCUCGGCCUUCCCGCAACGGCGACCGUUACCAUCUUUGACGACGACCACGCAGGUAUCUUUACGUUUGAGGAGCCGGUAUUCCACGUGAGCGAGAGCGUUGGCACCAUGGAGGUCAAGGUACUGAGAACGUCAGGAGCCCGCGGCGUGGUAACGCUGCCGUACAAGACGGUGGAGGGAACAGCACGAGGUGGCGGAGAGGACUUCGAAGACAUUCACGGUGUCCUGGAGUUCCAGAACGACGAGAUCUUGAAGACCAUAACCAUUAGGAUCUUAGACCGGGAGGAGUACAAUAAGCAGUCCUCCUUCUACGUUCUGCUUGAGCAGCCCGAAUGGAGACGCAGCGGGAAGGAACGGACAGAGGAACAGCUGAAGGAAGUGGAGGAGGAAGAAGAGGCGCUGGCAGGAAAAGAUGAAGACGAUCAGCGCGUUGCUGACAUGGGCCGACCCAUGCUGGGAGACCACGUCAAACUGGAAGUCAUCAUAGAGGAAUCGUAUGAGUUCAAGAACACGGUGGACAAGCUGAUAAAGAAGACCAACCUGGCUCUGCUGGUGGGAACCAACAGCUGGAGAGACCAGUUCAUCGAGGCCAUCACUGUGAGCGCAGGAGAGGAUGAUGACGAUGACGAGUGCGGGGAGGAGAAGCUGCCGUCAUGUUUCGACUACGUGAUGCACUUCCUCACCGUGUUCUGGAAGGUUCUGUUCGCCUUCGUCCCGCCCACAGACUACUGGAACGGCUGGGCUUGCUUCGUGGUCUCGAUCUGUAUGAUCGGCCUGCUGACCGCCGUCAUUGGUGACCUGGCCUCUCACUUUGGCUGCACAGUCGGCCUCAAGGACUCCGUCACAGCAGUAGUGUUUGUGGCACUGGGAACCUCUGUACCAGAUACCUUUGCCAGUAAGGUGGCUGCUACCCAGGAUCAGUAUGCAGAUGCAUCCAUUGGAAAUGUGACAGGCUCUAAUGCUGUCAAUGUUUUCCUCGGCAUCGGGGUGGCGUGGUCCAUCGCAGCCAUUUACCAUAACAGCAGAGGGGAGGAGUUCAGGGUGGAUCCGGGCCAGCUGGCCUUUUCCGUCACGCUCUUCACUAUCUUUGCCUUUAUCGCCGUCGGCACGCUGAUGUACCGACGGCGGCCAGAUAUCGGUGGAGAGCUCGGAGGGCCCCGGACGGCGAAGGUCCUGACCACCAUGCUGUUCUUCAGCCUGUGGCUCCUCUACAUCCUCUUCUCCUCACUGGAGGCCUACUGCCACAUCAAGGGCUUCUAAGAUGACAAGAGAUGACGAAAGGGAAGGGUGGGACAGGAGGAGAACAUGGAAGAAGUUGAGGAGGAUGAACGUAUGGAUUUGGAAAUGAUGGCUGUCUCAUGAUCUAUCACUCCCUCCCUUUACGCAAGACUGAAUGCCAGAUGAAUGGAUGGAUGUACAGAUGAAGAAAUGAAAGAGGCAUUAAAGUAUCUAUAAACAUACCUGAAGGAAAUACGGAUGCAUGGAAGGGCAACGACAAACAGGAAAAUCAAAGGAGCUAAACAUAGCUCAGAAGAUAGAAGAGUACACUUAAGAAGAAGUUUUUUUGUCUUGAUCUAUAAUCCAAACCAAUCAAGUUGUCUUAAACCCAAACCCAUUUCAAAUACAUAAAACCAAACCCAAAACACCUACAAUGUGUCACUGCUGGAUCGACCAAACAGAAACGAAGAAAAUGAGGUUCAACAAAACCAGGAAGUUUAAGAAGACCAAUCUCACAGCUCCUCGGAUAUGUGGCUUUAACAACCGAAAUCCCAUUUAUCCCCUCCAGUCGGAGCGAUGCUAUUCCCCCGUCCAAUUAGAGUAACAGGCUUGAGUGUGACCGGAAAGGAGAGACUAACUUUAUCAGUAUGAACAUGCAUGGACAGACAAUACUGGAAACACAAUCAGAAGAAACCGGAUGUAUUGCCACAACUGUUUAAUGACAACAAACUGUGCGUGCUGGUGUGUGACUGUGUUUCUGUGCUGUGGGAAGAUGGUCAAGUACUGUGAAAAAAACCCGCCUCUCUUUUUGCUGUCGCUGCGUGAGACUGAAUAUGCUUUCGUAUUCAAGGUCUUUUUGACUCCCACUCUCCCAGCCUGUAAAAUUGCUGUCUCUUUUUGCGGGAGGCCACGUUUAAUGAUAUGAAAUGUUUUGAACAUCGCUGAGUGCUGAGCGUACAUUGCAGCUCCACAAUUUUCCUUCUGAAUGUCUUGGUUACGCCAUACGCUCUUGAACAGGCCAUCUUUCUGUUGCUUUAUACAGUAGGUGUAAAUGAUUUAAGGUCUAAUAUGAAUCAAGAAGGGGUUAGUGUGCUUUUACCUUUAAUAAGGCCGUGUCUGAGAAGACAAAAUGGCCGCUUUACCGUUUAAAACUGUUAGAGAAACUAUAAUCAUUGCAUAAAUAUCUCGGUAAAUCUUGUGUGUUUUUGUUGGGGUUUUCUUAAACUGUGGAAUUCUUUUACAUGAUUCUCCACCUAUGAGAUUCCCGCCAUCAUGUGUCAAUUGUAACAUUGCAAAAGACUUUCAAAAGUAGGUACCGCCCUCUGUGAUACUCAUAGUUUGCUUAACUGCCUCCGCCAUUGUUUUUCUAACUUUGAUGCCGCUUUCCCAUUGGUUCACUCAAACGCUUGUGUCGUUAUCCCUGUGUGUCUUAAGCACCUCCCCCUGGCUGGUCAGUGGACCAAUCAAAAUCCUCAAGGGCUUUGUAAGAAACAACCACUAAUCUGUUACCCCUGACCCUUGAUGUAUUAUUCUUCACCUAGAUUGGUCUUUUGGGGGCAAUUUAACAGGGAUUUGUAUUCCAUAGCAUUAUACACCACCUGCUCAGAUGUUAGGACCUAUCUUCAGCUUAUCUUAAAAAAAAGACUGCAUGAAAAAUGUCCGACCAAGUUAGAUACAUUUUGGCAAAAGCGACCCAUGAUCCAAAGUUCUCUGUCGGACAGGACUUUUCCCAGUUCAUUACAAAGACUUCCUAUAUAUUGUACCCAGCCUUAUUCCAAAUUAACUCAUACAUCUUCUUUUCCAGGCUGCCUCCACUCUAACUCUUGAAGAUAAUACUAUACUUCAGGUAUGUGGAUGAUUCAGGCCUCAACCCAAAGGAAUUAAUGAACAUCUGACUUUAUAUUUUGUCUUUUUUUUCAAAGCAAUACGUUUGCUCUUGACUGAAGAAACAUUAUGUAAUUCAAUGAUUCAUGCCGGCUUAGAAACCAACUCUUAAACCGUCAGAUGGAGGAAUUAGCUAUUGUUGAAGAAGUAGGCUUACUCACAGAUACAAAUAAAUACUUUUGCUUAGGGUACAUCUAAUCUCCGACAUAGAUUCUGUUGAACCAGCUCACAGACUUUUGAAGACAACUCUUUAGCAAAUAAAAUAGGAUAAUGAUAUUAUAAAUAUGCCAAGCUUAUUUGAAAUCCCUAUUCAAGUGGGCUUGCUAGUUAAGAUGUAACAAUUAAACUGCAGAUAUCAACAGACUCACAAACUGGGAAUCUUUAAUCAGUUAUGGAAAGACAAUUAAAAUAUGUCCAGAAGUGUGUGAAGAAAAUAAUACUUCGAGACUGUCAACUGGCAGAGAGGUUUACACUUUAGACUGUUAACAAUUUUACCCUAAAACCACAGAGAUCUAAACUUUCACAAAACGUACUGUUUACCUAAGGCACUCAAAAAGUCCAUAGUUUGUUGAAUGGCACUAUAUGCAUCUAAAUUGGCCAGAAUUUUCCUGCUGAUGUUGUGUUUUUUACUUGAUGUAUAAUAUAAUAGUUAGUAUUUGAAUUGUCAUCUGUAACGUAAGUAGUCUGGGCUAAAUGUUAUCCUUUAAAUCUUGGCAAAAAAUCUUGUCACGGACAACUUAAUCGCCUGUGAGAAAGAAGAGCCCUGGAUUGGAGGAGUUUGGCAAAUCCACACUAUCUUGAGUAGAUUUUAUAUUAAAAUGGUCUUGGUUUUGUAACCUGAUCACUAAAUUAUGCGUGGAGAACCACUCCAAAACGGAAAUCUGGCCAAAUCUCUAAUAAAUGAUCUGUAGUAUACAGACUUUUGUUAUUUGCAGCACCAUUGUUGCACAUUUUGAAAACAACUUAAACAUUAAAACAUUUCUAUAAACUCUGAUAAUGAAUAAAACAUUUGACAGCCACUUGUAUUUGCCAAACUCUUGACAAUGCACGGCUCUCCGUUAGAGUAGCUGUUCUCUCGUGAAGGCCUUGGAGUGGCAGUUUACCCCUGUUUUGCCAAAGGGAAAUCUUUCUAUUAGAAACUUACUAUUUGCAGUCCAACCUGUAAAGGGUUUUCUAACCAAUGGAUCUUUCUUAAAACACCAAAUAUUAAUCAUAUGUCAUUAACAAUUUGAAAGGAGACAUGUCGUUUUAACCUUACCAGAAUCUUUCUAUUUCAAUUUGUAUGCAUUUGUCUCUUCACUGGCAUGGAGCUUAAGGUUUAUACACUGUACAAAGUUAUGCUAGCUUGUGCAACAACAAAAAAAGGAAAUAACAUUGUCGAAGCUGCUUUUUGAGCAACUUCAACAGGGUUUCAAUUAUCGUAGAUAUUGCUAAAUCAUUUUGGAUUUGCUUAAAACGUGCCAGCUGCUUCAUUUGUCAGAGUGAACUUGUGUAGGAAUGAAAAGCUUGCAGUAAUGUAGUUGUUUGCAUCAAAUUAGUUUGCUGCACAAACAGAAGCUAAACAUUUUUAAUUGAUGGGAAUAUAGUUAUUUUGCUACACCGGCUUUGUUGCAACGCCUCUUUCAGUGUGUCUACCUUGACUUAUAAAGCUGGUCUGACUUGAAGCUAAUGGCAGAUUAACGACAGCUUUUCAAAGCCUCACCGUUUGGACCAAGCCUGGAAGCUAAACUCGGCAAACAAAAUGUUAGCAGGUUCGAGCUGUUAAGCUAACCUGGAUAAGAAUCAAAAUAGCGCUUUAGCUUAGCUUCCUUACUUGGUUUGGACAUUGGAGGUUUGAAGGGUCAAAGGUUAGCCAGGCCACCGCUGUAAAUAUAACACUAAGAGCAAGCAAGGAGUAGAAGAGGGGUUUGAAGAAGCUAGCAGAGUUUUAGAUGAAGGAAAAGCAUUGCACUGGUUGUUGCUUAUGUGAAACGGCUACUUUUAUGUUUCGUCGAAAACACUAAUGAAGUUGCUUCUGAUGUAAACAACAACAACAGAUUUAGUUUUUUGACUGAUGUACACAGUAAAAAUGUUGUCCCUGAUGAAAAAAAAAAGAGAAAACAACCAUGAACCAUUUGUGAACCAUUAACGAUGUUGCUUCUGAUGUAAAGAUUGAUGAUGCGUUUUCGUUGCCUCGUUCACUUCCGUCUGUCUGACGGGAAAAACUGUCUGUCCGAGGAAUAAAUGAAUGCAACAGCGACGGACAAACAAAAGGAAGGACAAACAUCCCUGCUGAUACGAGCCGAGCAACGUCAUGCUGAGAUGUUGUACUGUUGGGAAAAAUACAUUACCAGAGCUAUUCUCUACCCUUAAAGUAACAUUUAACAUUGUAGAAAGAUGAUUAUAAUAAAGAGUUAGGAGGAGAAAGAAGACAAGGAGGAGGAAGAUGAACAUUAAAAACAAAAAAAAACAUGAAGUUACAGCCAUACAUUGAUUUCUGGGUCAGAGAGAUUGAAAUGGACUUCUCCUGCCCAGCAUGUGUAUUGUUAUUGUGUCUAUCUGUCCCUCUGUGUCUCUUCCCCCUCUGUCUCUGUAUCUCUGCUGCCAAAGCAACCAAAACCUGCAGCAAUCCUUUCGUUCCCGUCUUUUCUCCCCAAUCCCCUUUCUACCCUCCGUCUCCCUAUGCCAUGUUUUUCAUAUUUGGGAAUGUCAAUGUGCUACUUGUUGACACUGUGCAUGAAUGAUAACAUGUCUGUAUAUAGUAUUAGAGAAUCGUAUCCCAUUCCCCUGGUGUUGACAACAAAAUGGUUCGAAUGUUCAGAUUCUGGUUUUCUGUUCAUCUUUUAUUCUGUUCGAUUACAUUUUGUCUUUUUUUCAAAUGUGUGUAGAUCUUAAAACAAUAUGUUUUUAAUUUAAACAAAGAAGUAACUUGCACAUUAAUGUUUGAUUAACUAAUUAAGGGUGUUUUUUUUGGUAAAAAGGCAAUAUCUGCUGUUAUUGAAUGAGAGAGGAGAUCUUAAAGGAGUUAUGUAUCUUAAAUAAAUAAUCUAUAAGAGAGUUGCAUGGGUUAUUUGUACAGAAAAAAAGACUGCUUGCUACUUCUAAUACCAUAACUGUAUUCUCUAACAGAGGGUGAGGGAUACUGUGUGUACAUCUAAAGGUUAUUUUGUCAUUAAAGAAAUAAUAAUAAUAAUAGUGUGUAUAUACUGUACAGUGUUAUAAGUGAGAUGGACUAUAUGGCCACCGCGCUAAGCGUAGAGAGUUAAAUCUACAUAUUUAUUUAAUGGAAACAAAAACACUCACUUCACUCAAGAAUGACAUAUAUUGCCUUUUUUGAAGAAGUUUGCUUAAAGUGUCUAUCACUCUUUCUUCUAUAUGUCUUUUUUCCCCCUUCCAUCUUUGUCUUUUAUUUUUAUAUUGGAGGGGCGGUUUAUAUCUCUCUGGCUUUUUCAUUUCUUCACGGUUUAUUCUGACUCAGCCAUUGUCACUUUUUCCAUUUGUCUGGCUGUUUGGUAACUCUGACUCAACAGUAUCCUCAUCUGUCUUUUUACAUGUAUAUCCAUCUAUAGUUCAAAACAAUGUCUCCAUCUGUUUGAUUCUCUCAAAGGAUCAUUUGUCUUUACUUGAGACACCAUCUGUCUGAUUCAGAACCGUCUGCCAUUUUAAAUCCGUCUCUUUUUCACAUCUGUUAACUUAAUCCUGCACGUAUUUAUCCACCUCCACAUCCUUUUCUUUAUUCCUCUGUCCUUCUCUCGUGCGUAGUUGGGAUACUAAACGUUUGUUAAUUUGAUUUGGUUUAAAAAUUAAACAGUUAUAUUGUUGAUCAUAAUGAAGAUUUUUCUUUUUUCUUUCAAUGUUUUGAUCUAUUUUUCUCUCAUGAUUUGCCGCUGUCCUCUCUGUGUGCGCGUGUGUGUUAAUUUAGUUUAUUUCUCAUUUUUGUUGAACACCAACUGAUCAGAAGAAAGUUGUUGUAUGUGUGUUGCCACUAACUAUGACUGCUCUUCAUGGUACUUCUGAUAAAACCAAUAAAAUAAAGUUUGGGAUACCCUGUUUCAGAGAC